AUGAAGUCGGCUGUCUUGGCCCUUUCCCUGGUUGCGGCUGCUGCUGCUCAGGACAUUGCCUCGCUUGCCCCUUGUGGUCAAACUUGUGCCAACAACAUGAUGGCUGCCAGCAAAGCCCAGGAGCUCGGCUGCAAUCAGGGUGACUUGAAAUGCUUGUGCAGCAACGCCAACUUCUUCUACGGCCUCCGUGACUGCUCCGGCGCAAUCUGCAGCCCGCAAGAUGCUGCCAAGGUUGUCGAUUACGGCGUCAAGGCGUGCCAAGGUGCUGGUGUUGCCAUAUCUGGUGGCCACGGCGGCAGCGACGGCGCUUCUCAGACCAGUGGCGCCUCUCAGACGACUGGUGGCUCGCAAUCCGGCGACGGCAGCGGCAGCGGCCCUCAUCUUACCACCAUCUACAGCACCUACACAACCGACGGCAAGGCCAUCGUCACCCCGGUCACCACUUCCACCGUCCAAGGCGGCAGCGCACACUCGAGCGGCCCGGCUCAAGCUACCACGCUUUACACCACGUACACCACCGAUGGCACCGUUGUCACCUCUGCUAUUGCCACUUCUACCGUCGAGGGCGGCGCCGGCGGCGCUGUCCUGAGCACUUACACAACCAACGGCUCUCAAGUCGUCGUGACCAUCUCGACCCAGAUGAGCCAGCCAUCUAGCGCACAAGGUACAGAAAGCUCUGGCGCGAGCCAGACGGGGUCCGAGUCCGCGUCCGCUUCCAGCGGCUCCAGUGCCAGCCCUACAUCGGAGGGAGCCGGCUCCCAGACUACCAGUGCCGGGGCUGCUGCGACAUCCACCAGCAAGGGUUUUGCUGUCACCGCUGCCCCCGGUCUGCUUGCCGCCGCUGGUCUUGCUGUUCUUCUCAUCUAA